GCAGAGGCAGUGGGGCUCGAUGCGAUGGCGGCUGGUGGAGCGGAGGAGCGGGGCGGGUUGGAGGCUGCCGUGCGGGGUCGUCUCCAUAUCCUUAGGGAACGAUGGAGGCGAAGGAACGCCGCGAACGUUAGCGCCGCGUUCGCGGGUCCUUCGCCUCCGUCGUUCCUGGAGGAGGCGGAGAAGGUGAGCGCCUUGCAGACACUGCCGAUCGACGUGCAGCUGAACAUCAUGUCCUAUCUCUCGCCCCAAGAUUUGUGCCAUUUGGGAAGCACGAGUUGUUACUGGAGGGCUGCUGUGCAAGAUCCGUUGUUAUGGAGGUAUUUUCUCCUGAGGGAUCUCCCUUUUUGGACAUCUGUUGAUUGGAAAUCGCUCCCAGAUGUGGAGAUUUUUAAUAAAGCCUUUUCAGAGGUCAGCGAUAAUGCGCUGUAUGAUUACAUGGCAGUAUACAAAAAAAGCUGUCCCCAGAGCAGAAGAAGUUUGAAAUCAAGCCGUCCCCGGUAUGGGGCUGUGACUUCCUUUUUGCAAUCACUGGUCACUCAGGCAGAACCUCGCUUUGCUAUGUUUGGGCCAGGUUUGGAAGAGCUAGACGACUCUUUAGUGCAAAAGAUGAUGACAUGCCCAGAAAUUCUACUGGUGGCUGGCCUACCUCAAAGACAAAUUCAUGGAAUUGGAUCAGGAGUCAGUUUUCAGCUUAAUAACAAUCAAAAAUUCAAUAUUCUGACAUUGUAUUCAACCACCAGUGUGGAAAGGAGGAGAGCAAGGGCAGAGCAAGCUGUUGCUGUGAAUAAGAUGUUCUACCAAGAGAACAGCAUCGUAGGGAACCAGCAAGCCGUGCACUACAGUGUAAUAGCUCAAGUGAAAAAGGUGUGCGAAGUAGUGGAUGGAUUCAUUUACGUUGCUAAUGCAGAAGCUCAUAAAAAGCAUGAUCGUCAAGAGGAACUGGCUCGUAUUUUGGCAAUGAUCGAUCCAGCCCUCGGACCUCCGAACAGACCUCUACUGGUUUUGUCUUGUGUCUCUCACACUGAUGUGAAAAGAAUUCCAUGUGUUUACAUGGCACAUCAGUUGCAACUAAAUCUGCUACAUCAGCCCUGGAUGGUGCAGGACACUGUAGCUGCAACUUUAGCUGGAUUGCUAAAUGGAAUUGAGUGGCUCCUGGAAGAGGCAAAUUGUAAAAAUUCACAGUAAUGGAACUGUGCAUUGUUUUACUUUGUAGAGACUUCAUUUCCUGAAAGAGCACUGUCAGAGGGAGAUUUAAAAGGCAAACCUGCAUGUAUUUCUCUGCACGUACUUUAAUAACACAUGAUCUUCCAACUGUAGUGCUGAAUUAGAAGUACAAGUAGGAUUACCUGAAUUCCAGCAGCUGAUGCAGAAGUUAUUUGGGGGGCACCCUGGGUGUUCUGUUUUUUUUUCUUUCUUUCAAGAUGGGGCAUUUAAGGUUCAUUCUUUCCUCAGUAUAUCUAAUAAUCUAAUCUCUUCUGUAAGUAUACCUAACACUAUGGCAUGCAUCACUCAUUUAGUAAAUACUUCCAGUGGAGAUCUUGACAAUUCCCAACCAAAGAAGUUGGGUUUGGUUCCCAACCAAAGAAGAUGUCCUGUAUGUUGUACAGUGACAGGUUGACAGAAAGACACUAUCUCUUUCAAAAGAGUAAAUUCACAUAUAUUUUUCCAGAAACAAUACCAAGACAAGAAAUAGCACCUACACGAUAAGUUAUUCCAGACCAAAAUUCUUAGAAGCAAACAAACAAGCUACCAUAUAUGAAUUGUUUCUUGUUUGUGAUCUUACUAACCAACCACAAAAGACUUCAAUUGAUCUUAUGUUUUCUGUGGCAGUGAAAUUACUAGCUUGAACCUUUGAUGUCAUGAGUAAAUGUUGAAUAGAAUUGUUAGUACUUCAGGACAUUCAUUGAAUACAUAGGACCUAUCGGUUACUCAAAUAGUUGUGGCUUGAAAUUUUCUACAUAGUUACAAAUAUUUUUAUAAAAAGGGCAACAACAUUUUAGAGCUGGAAUUGCGUUUUCUAUGUUAAUGUCAUUUGGAAUAGUCCUAGUCUUCCACCUUUUUAAUGUUUUUUAAUUAUUGGAUGAAUGUUUCGAAACUUACCUUGGAUUUUUUGCCUGUGCAUUUAUUUUUUCUGGUUUUGUGGGGUUUUUUUGGUGUUUUGUUGUUGUUUUCUCAUCUCUAUCCAUGGAAAUAUAAAAAUCUUACCAUUUUUUCUUGGUACCUAAAUACAUGACUAUAUUCAGCUGUAAGUGCCCUCAAUCUGGUAUAUGUGCAAUGUGCAACACAGCUAUGUCAGAAACAUUCCAUUUAAGACAUUUGAGAAGUUUUUUAUUUUUUAAUGAAAUAGGACAGACGCAGGAACUGACUGUAUUUCUUUUUUUUUUCUUUUUUUUAUUUCCAUCUUUGCACAACUCAGCUUUCUAGAUAAUUUUGUAUGUUUUCUAACCAGGACAUAAGGGAGUUUCAGGGGAAAAUUCAUGGGAAGCUGUAAUAUGGUAAUUCUGUGUUUUAUCCUUCGUUCGUUUGUUUUGGUUUUGGGAAUUUUUUUUUAGUAGGGUAUUUCUUUUGAAGGUGCUUUGCCCUUCAAAAUAGAGAAGACACAAAAGCUUGUAAGUAUCUGGGGGAAAAUUCUGUGCUUUGUGACUGGGUGUAUGGGACUUUCCUGCUGGUCCUCAUAAUUCCGUAAUGAUCUGUCUGUAGAGGGUUGAAACCAGCAACCAGUUGCGAUGUUAACUACAACAAAUACACUUUUUUAUGCAAGAUCCUCCUUCUGCUUUCUUCAUAAGGAAUAAAUUAUUUUUUAAAGAAUAUA